AUGAGCGCGAUUCAAGCAGUUCACAUCAUCGACUACCAAGAACGUCCAAAACCAAAGCCUCACACCGUUUAUCGAAUCCAGAUACAGGCCAAUGUACGUUCAUGGACUAUGUGGCGACGCUAUUCAGAGUUCGACGAUCUCAAUGUCGAGCUAACGAAAGCUACCGGUGCACCUCCCCCAGCUCCCCUACCUCCCAAACACAAGUUCUCCUUAUUUCGUUCCCAUUCAGACCCCCAGUUACUCGAAGAACGCAAGGUUGGACUCGAGUUUUAUCUCAGAGCCAUUGUCAGUGCUAAGGAUGAUAUAUGGCGGGAAACCUUUGCAUUCAAAGACUUCCUUGGCAUCCCGAUCGGCAAGCAGGCAGGAGUUAUUGGUGGCCCCCCGACUCAAUUCAGCUCUACUUCAUGGCUGGAAGAACAACAGGAGAUUCAGAAUCGUUUGCGUGAUGUUCGUGCAGACAUCAACAAACGAGAGGCCCUGUCAGACCAAGGAGAUAUCAACGCAUCUCACAAAUCCAAUGUUGCUGCCAAGCAAAAGCUAGCUGGUGUUUUAUCUCGCAUAGGGAUUCUGGGAACGGGCUUACGGGAGCUUGCCAUGAUGGGGUUGAGUGAAGGAGAGUUGCAAAGACGGACAGAUAUGGUCGCACGACUGCAGGAUGAAUGUGAGAAGUUGGGAAAGAUGGUUUCGGUGGCUCGGCAGCAACAGACAAAUCGGAACUCUGUUGCCUUUGCGACCACUGCUCCGGCGGCCUCUGAUCGAGAGGCCCUUCUUGGAGGCAAUGCGUUUACUCGCGUCACGCGGGUGUUUGGAGCACCGGUCAAACCAGAGGAAACGGAGGAAACGCGUCCUCUAGAUAACCAUGGCGUCUUCUCACUACAACAGACCCAGAUGCAGCAGCAAGAGGGGCAGCUCUCCCAACUCACGACUAUACUUCGUCGCCAACAGCACCUCGGGGAGGCCAUAUCUGCCGAAAUCGGCACACAGAUCCAAUUGCUGGAUGACCUCUCCAACGAAGUGGACCGAACUGGGGGCAAACUUUCAGCCGCUAAUAAGCAGUUGAACAGGCUAGGGUAG